AUGGAAUACGCAAAGAUUUGCCUAAUGCUCUGCAUCUGUGUGGUGCUCUGCCGCGCGGAGCCGGAGCAGCUGGAGCUGGAGGAGUCAAAGGCGUUGCCCGCGGAUCUGCUGGCUGCCGUGGACAAUGCGCAGGCGGAUGCGAGUCCCGAUGCAGUUGCUCCUGUGGAGCAGGGCGCACGCAAGGUGCGCCAGUACUUUGGUCCACCGCCGCCGCCCUUCUUCGGUCCACCGCCGCCGCCCUACUUUGGCGGCUUUGGCGGCGGCUACGGUGGCGGCUACGGCGGCUACGGCUUUGGCGGCGGCUAUCAGCGCACGCGGAUUGUCACGCGCACCCGUGUCCGUGGCGGCUACGGCGGUUUUGGUGGCGGCUUUGGCGGCUUCGGCGGCGGCGGCGGCUACUAUGGCUAA